CGCCAUCUGCAGAAUCUGUGGUAGGAGCUCAGUCGUGUUUUAGCUUUCGUCGAGUUCACUUCACUGGAAAAGAAAAAAAGAAGAGAAAAAGUUUGGAAAAAAAUCUUACUCUUUUCUCAAAUAUUAAGAAAAAAAAAGUAUUAAUUUAAUUACAAAAUAUCCCAUAUUAAAAAUCAAGUUAAAGUUCUACUUGUAAAAAAAAACAACAACAAACAUGAGUUCAACAGAGAAUAAUAGCGAAGUCGCGGUGGAAAAUGUGACGACAAAUGAAAAAGCCGCCGAAGCCAAGGAAAUCAAAGGCACAAAAAGGCCGGCAGAAGAAAAACCUGUAGAAGCGAAAAAGUCGAAAAAGGAGGAGAAUGGAGGUGGUGAUGAUGAGGAGGAGGUCGAGGAUGAGGGUGAGGAGGUUGAGGAUGAGGAUGAUGCUGAUGAGGAAUAUGACCUUCCCUAUGGCGAAGAAGAUGACGGUGAAGAUGCUGGUGAAGAGGAUGAUGAAGAGGAAGACAUUGAUGGUGAGGAGGACGCGUAAUGGCCUCGAUUUAGCAAAAAAGGCUAAGUGCAGUGACUGAACGAACACAAUUAAUAUAUAUAGACUAUUUUAUCUCUCGACUACUGUGAGUGCAGUGUGUUGUAUAAUUUUUUAAUUACAAUUUCUGACGAGGAUAAAAGAAAAUUUGAACAAACCCAACAUCAAGGAUGGAUUCAACAGAUCAACAGGAUUUUUUUUGUUCAUUUUUAAAAGGAAAAAAAAUGCAGCAACAUAAAACAAAAAAAUGUAACUAUAAAGUUUUAAUUUUUUUUUUAAAAUCAAAUUUUCUGUAAAUGAGAGAAAACAAACAAAGAUAUACUAAAUUCAAUCUGUAGUAAUCACUUUAUUUUUUUUUGUAGAGAAAAUAAUGAAAAAAUUGUCAAAUUUUUAAUUUGAAUGAAUUAUUAUAAAUAGAAUGAAUGUAAUUAAAAAGAAAAAAAAGAGGAGAAAUGUCACUAUAAGAGAUCAUUAUAUACAAGACGAUCACCAUCGAGAGGGAGUGAAGAUAAGAGAGAGAAAAGAAAAUAAAAGAAGAAAAAUAAGGAGUGAAGAGAGUAAAUGAAUGUUGUGAAAUGCCAGUACAUGAACAGCAGAUCAUCUCCUGCCCGCCCACCCAAAAAAAAAUGAAAGAAAAAAAUAAAAUAAAAUCAUGGGUAUUUAGUAAUCUUAAAAAAAACACAAACCUAUCAAUAAGGAACUUUUUUUUUGACUUAAAUUCACAGAAUGUCUUAAAUGGAAAUUUUAGUGUGACUUUUAUCACAUAGAGAUGUUUUUUUUUUCAAUUUUUAUUUGUGUACACUGACGAAUCACUAAAGAAAACAAUAAAAUAGGUUUUCGUUGAUGAAGAAAGCAUUAUAUGAAGAAGAUAAAAAAACAUAUAAAAUCUGAUGGAAACUCAAAGCAAGAAGAAAAAAAAAAUAGAUUAAAAAGGUUAUUUUUAAUUCUUUUUUAUACAAAUCUUACUUAUGAAAAUUAUUUUUAAAAGGAAAAAUAAAUUGUAAAAGAGAAAA